AUGAAAACCAUGAAAGACUACCACGAUCUCUACUUGGAGACUGACGUUCUUCUGCUGGAUGAUGUGUUUGAAAACUUCAGGAGAACAUGUCUGGAAAGUUAUGAACUUGACCCCGCACAUUACGUGUCAGCACCUGGUCUGAGUUGGGACGCUUUCCUGAAAAAGUCAGGUGAAGAAAUAGAACUUGUAAGUGAUAUGGAUAUGUUGCAGUUCUUCGAGAAGGGUAUGAGAGGUGGUACAAGUUAUAUUGCUCAUAGACACUUAGCAGCUAAUAAUAAGUACAUGGAGACGUACGAUGAGUCGUCUGAGAACAAGUACCUAAUGUACCUCGACGCUAAUAAUUUAUAUGGCUGGGCAAUGUCACAACCACUACCUAACGGAGAGUUCGAGUGGGUUGAGGAAGUUGAUGGUAUGAAUCUGGAUGAUUACCUGGAAGACAGCAACAGGGGAAUGGUCUUAGAGGUUGACCUGGAAUAUCCACAAGAACUUCACGACCUACACAACGGUUAUCCUCUAGCACCGGAGAGUAAGGAAAUCAGUGCAUCUAUGUUGUCAGAUCAUGCGAAGAGUAUUGCUGAGAAAUUCCAACUGACAAUUGGAGGAGUAAGAAAACUAGUGACUUCACUAGGACCCAGGAAGAAGUACGUCUUACAUGUGCGUAAUCUGAAACUGUACACAGACCUUGGGAUGAAACUCACGAAGGUUCAUAGGGCGGUUACAUUCAAGCAGUCUCCCUGGCUUAAGGACUAUAUAGACUUCAAUACAAAGAAAAGGUCUGCAGCCCGUAACACGUUCGAAAAGAACUUCUUCAAGCUAAUGAACAACUCAAUCUAUGGAAAGACAAUGGAAAAUCUAAGAAAAAGGGUUGAUGUCAAAUUAGUAUCUUCAAAAGAUGAUCUUCUCAAACUGACAGCAUCACCCAGCUUCCAGUCAUACAGAAUUAUGAAUGAGGAUCUGAUAGUUGUAAAAAGGAUGAAGGAAGUUCUAACGCUGAAUAAGCCGUGUUACGUAGGAAUGAGCAUCUUAGACUUAUCCAAGACGUUAAUGUACGAUUUCCACUACAACACCAUUAAGAAGGAGUACGGUAAUAGUUCGAGGUUGCUGUUCACCGAUACUGACAGUCUGAUGUACGAACUAAAGACGGAUGAUGUCUAUGAGGACUUCAAGAGGAUCGGUGAGGAGCAGGAUUGCUGGGAUAAUUCAGAUUACCCAAAAGAUUCUCCAUACUACUCAACCCACAACAAGAAGGUUAUAGGUAAGUUUAAGGAUGAAGCUGAAGGAGUACCCAUAAUAGAGUUUGUUGGGUUAAGAUCAAAAAUGUACUCCUAUGUUAAGGAAAAUGGUGGAGGUGGAAUGACUGCCAAAGGAGUUAAAAAGUAUGUUAUCAAAAACAAGCUCACUCAUGAGAACUUCAAGAAUGUAAUCAACACGAAAGGUAGGAUGAGACACAACAUGAAUACAAUCAGGAGCACAAAACAUACAAUUGGAACUUAUGAAAUGAGGAAGAUUACUCUAAGUUGCUUCGAUGAUAAAAGGUAUCUUUUGGAGGAUGGAGUUACCAGUUACGCCUACGGACACUACCUAACAAUGAAAGAAGCCCUGAAAAUAACAGUUGAAGAAAAACCUGAACCAGAAGAACUGAUAAGAGUUGAAAGUCUACCUACCGAACUCCCACAGGGAGAAGCCCUGAAAAUAACAGUUGAAGAAAAACCUGAACCAGAAGAACUGAUAAGAAUUGGAAGGCUACCUGGUGAAUCCUCACAGGAAGAAGCAGACUAUAUGAUUUUCGAGAGGGUAAGGGAAAAGUGUUCGAUGUUACAUCCGUUAAGAAGAACCAUAACAAAUAUUCUGUGGAUUAAAAACAAUGAGGACAUACUCCCGAAGGAAACUAAGGUUUACUUAAAAACCCCGGUAUCAAGGAGGAGAAAGUACGGAAGGUAG